CGCCGGAAGAUUUCGUCAAAGCCAUUGAGAAAAGAGAGUUGGCACGGCUGCAAGUGCCGAAAGUUGACAUCUUCUGGUUUGAAGGGGAAAGGGUGUCUAAUGGCUAGAGUUGUUGGAGCAGAUUAUAGGCGAGGCAUCUGAUGAAGAUAAGUUCAAACUUCUACCCCGGUACAUCUGGUGGGAAAUCCGGCCCGAAAUUAUGAAGGUGGCUGCUGAAGCAGGGGGAGACUGGGCCAAGUUCAAAGGAGAGAUGCAAAGGCGUUUCAAGCUGGGGGAUGGUCUGCUAACGAAGGCAGACCUAGAAAUUUUACAAUGAGAUGAGUUCACUACUGUGGGGGCUUUCGCUACGGCGUUUGAAAAGAUGGCAAGAAAGGUUCCAGGGAUGGCAGAAGAAGAGCAGUGUGCAACCUUCCUGGGACACUUCACAAAUUGGGAGGCCUCUGCGCUAACCAUGAAAGGUGCGCCGGGGAAGAAGUUGACUUGGGCUGCUAUAAAAGAGAGCGUGAUAAACGGGGAAUUGGACCAGGUUGACAUCUUCCAGAUGCGGCAAGCCAGGAAGAAAAGAAAGGCCUUGGAUGCCACGACGAGCGACGGGCGAGACUUCAAGAAGAUGGUAGAGGAUGCGGUAGCCCAACUCGAUGCGGCGAAGGAGGCAAAGGCAGCGAGAAAGGCUAUGGCGGCACCACAGGCCCAAGGAAAAGCAAAGAAGACGGUGGUGCAAGAAGAGGAGGAAGAAGAGGAAGAGGAGCCUGAACCUCUAAAACAACGGAGCGAUCCUCUCUUAGGCCUAGGGAGCCGCUUCACCCGAGGCUUGACACCGCUUGGGGCAGCCAUGCCAAGAGGGAGGGGAUGGGCAGAGCCAGUGGAAACCCAUUUGGGGGUGACCAGACAGAGGACGCAGAUGAGGACCAGGAGAGAGAACAGGCCUCCAGUCUUCCAGGGAGGAAACAUUGAGUUGUUCCUGGUUGAGUUCGAAAGGCAUGCUCGGGAGUUUGGAUGGGAUGGCACCAGGAUGUUGAGGGAGGUGCGAGGCACAGGCGAGUGGAUGGACCCCAUUGCCAACCUUGUCAAGGGGUCACUGAGUUGGCAAGACUUUGAGAGGAAGAUGGAGGGUUUGCACCCGUCGCCAGUGGGGAGAGAUGGACAGCCCAUCCGAUUUGACUCCACUAAUCUGGGGGAAUUCCUAUGGGCCUAUGAUCAGUAUGCAAAUGAUCUCAAUAUUCCAGGAGAGCAGAGGAUGGGGAGCUUCCUCCUGUAUGUGAGACGACACAUCAGAUCUUUUGUGAGAUCUAUUGUAGCACCGACUAUGAAUUGGGGUCACUGCAAGAAGCUGCUCUGGAACCACUAUACUCCAGCACGUCACGCAGGUGAAAGAGGGAGUCUGGAAAAGAGAAGGAGGGAGCCAGAAGUAGAGGAGAGGAGGACCUUUGAGCAGGGCAUGUCAUCAGGGACUCAGAGGGAGGACAGGAGAAAGGAACACAGAUCCCACAGGCACGAGAGAGUAGGAGGGUCAGGUGGUCCGGGUGUGCCUCCACAACAUGCCCAGAGGGAUGUGGAUUGUCCUAUGCCGGACAAGGAGCCAGACAUGCCGCAUGAGCCACAAAUGCAAGAUCGCAAGGAGGAUCAGGCUGCCAAGGAGAAAAAACUGGACAGGAAAGAGAGAGCGGCAAGGGAGCAGGAGAUCAAGGAGGAAGAUCUUCCCCUGUUUUCAGAAGUCUGGGUCAGCUUUGACAAGCUGAUGGAGGUUGCAGGGAGAUCUAAAGAGCAUCAUCAGGAGAUGGGGGUCAAGUUAGUCUCUACGGACUUACUUGACCUGAGGGACGUGAUGAGAGAAGGCUUUGCCGCAGCCAAAGCUUCAGAUCAGAAGGUUGGGGAAAGGCUGACAAAAGUGGCACAAAAGGCGUAUGGCCAGAGAGUGGACUGGGAAAGAGAAGUCGAAGACCUGAAGAAGGAAUUGGAAAGGCAGGUCUCCUUCCAAGCAAAGGAAGCAGAAUGGGAGAAAAGGAUACAAGACCUCGAAGCCAGGUAUGCACGACAGGCUCCAACUGCAGUAGUGGAUUGGACAGAGGUCCAAGGGUUUGAGAUCAGGGAACGACCUGCAGAGGAAGCCUUCAAAUGCCACAAGGAAGAAGAGAAGGCGGACCAGCAGGAGGGUGAGGAGAUUCCCCUGAUAGACAAAGAGAUGUUGGAGCCGCAAGGGGCACUAGCUGAGAAGGACUCAGAGGUUGGAGAGUUUGAGUGGAGGAUGCCGGCUGGUCUGACACUUGGACAGGAGCCAGCGAUGCCAGAAGAGAGGCCACCAGCUGAGGCCAUACGAAUGGAAGUAGUUCCACCUACAACUCAGGGAGAGACCAUGGGACAGCAGGAGGGUCAAGAAAGCGUGGGUCAUAUCAUGGUUGAGGCUGAGUCAAGGAGGGAUUUGAAGGGAUGUCAGGAAUCGACUAUACCCGAGGAUAUGCCUUUGGUUGCAGGUCUGUGGGACGCAUUGGGAUCUUGGGCCAUUGGUUCGGGGCCAGAGGGACGUGUUGGCGAGCAAGUGUUGCGAACAGGCGACAGAGCAGCCUGCCCCACUUCCCCAGAGGCUCCACAGCAGGAGGUCAUGAGUAAGGCCACUGAAGUCCCGUCAUCAGUACCCUCGCGGGAAGGGGACAAGAUGUCCCAGAAGAAGACUGGCAAAUGCUUUUGCUGCAAGAAGGGCAAGCAUCGAUCUGACGACUGCCCCAAGAGUCUCAAAGACGAGGCAAAUGGUUUGGCUAUCAGAGAGUCGUCUGGAGUGUGGAGGGAUAGAAAUGGAAUCCUGGUUCCUAAGACUCGUGAUGGGGUGAGGGUGCAGUUGUAUAGGCAGCUGCAGGAGGUCUGGAUGCCCAAGAUUCCUCUGAUGAGUCCCAAGCCUUUCUCUGGAGAUAAAAAGGAGGAGGAAGAUUUGGACACCUGGGUGAGGACUGUGCCUACUUAUGUGAGGCACAAGCUCACAAGGCCAGAGCAGGAAGUUGUAGUGGCUGCCUCCUUUUUAGAGGGAUCAGUAGCCCGCUGGUUGAAUGGCUUAGUGCAGCAACAGGGCUACAGUCAGGAUUUCGAUGCCUGGGCUCAGGCCCAGACAUUGGAACAGUUCGUAUGGUCUGUCUACAGCAGGUGGCAUGAUCCGCAAGGGGCUCAAAAGGCCACCGAUGCUAUCAACAAUCUUUGUUCCCGCGGGUUCAAGGAUGUUAGAGAGCUUACAGACACCGUAGAACGCCUUCUCGUGGUACCUGGUGUGCGUUUUGACCAGCAGGUUCUCCUAACGGAUUACCUAAGGUGCCUACCUGCAGAAGUAAGGACCAAGCUGGUUGACGAGGCCUAUGUCGAACAGCACACCUUCGCUUCUUUCAGUAAGAAAGCUCUGGACAUAAAGGCAAAGUUGGGGUCUGCUCAUAAGGUAUCCAAUGAUGGUAGGAAGAGGGUGCCCCAAGACUGGAAGAAGAAGGGUCAGUUAAUGUUCGUCGACCACGAUGGUCAAACAACGGAGAUUGACGAUUUCCCAGAUCUUGGGGAGUUCACAGAGCAGGAUGGGACUAGUGAGACUUCAGAUGGUGGAGUCGUAGCACCCAUCAAGGAAAAGGCUAGGGGGACUGGGAAGAAGAAGGUAGGACGGUCCACGGGUCAGGGCGACCAAGGAACACCCGCAUGGGUGAAGAUUGGUUUAGAUUACGAGGUGUGGAGGGACCGAGUUGCGAGGGGCACAUGCAUGAACUGUGGCAACUAUGGCCACACGUCCGGGACUUGCCGCGGCAAAAAGGUCACCACGAAGGUAGCCUCGCCAACGGUGGUGGGCUUAUCUUCGAACUCUGGGAGCGUGGUGGAAAUGGAGGUUGUCCAUGCAAUAGAGGUUGUCCCGGGUAGUAAGGUGCCUAGAGGACGAAUCUAUAGGAUGUCUUCUGCGGAGUUAGAUGAGCUUUGCCGCCAGCUAAAGGAGCUCACAGAGAAGGGAUGGAUACAGCCUAGUACCUCCCCUUACGGUGCGGCAGUCUUAUUUGUUCCUAAGAAGGGAGGUCCAUUAAGGAUGUGCAUUGACUAUAGGGGCCUCAAUGCCAUCACCGUUAAGAACGCGGAGCCCCUACCCCGCAUUGACGACCUCUUGGAUAGAGUGCAGGGAUGCUGGUACUUCACAAAGAUAGAUCUAAAGUUAGGAUACCAUCAAAUUGCCGUUAGACCCGAGGACCAACACAAAACCGCAUUUCAGACCAGGUACGGUCUGUACGAGUUUGUGGUGAUGCCUUUUGGCCUAUGCAAUGCGCCUGGUACAUUUCAGCACGCGAUGAACCGGAUAUUUCACGAGUACUUGGACAAGUUUAUCGUCGUGUACCUCGACGAUAUUCUUAUCUUUAGUAGGAUUGUGGAGGAGCACGCUGAGCACUUGAAAACAGUGCUAGGUCUCCUAAGACAGCACCAGUACAAGGUAAACUUGGAUAAAUGCGAGUUUGGUCGCACCAAGAUCUUGUACUUGGGUCAUGAAAUUUCAGCAGAUGGAUUGAGGUCGGAAGAUGCGAAGGUGGCCAGCAUACGUGACUGGCCCCGACCUCAGACUGUUACUGAGGUCAGAUCGUUUUUGGGGAUGACGGGCUAUUAUCGUCCGUUUGUGAAAAACUAUAGUACUAUAGCUUCCCCAUUAACAGAUCUAACUCGACUUGACACCCCUUGGGAGUGGACUGAAGAGUGUGAGGCAAGCUUCAAGAAAUUGAAGUAUGCUCUGACACACUACGAAGUUCUCAAACUUCCGGAUCCUGACAAGCUAUUCGUCGUGACCACAGACGCUAGCCAAUAUGGCAUAGGCGCGGUCCUUGCGCAACAGGAAGGGCCCAAGUUGAGACCGAUGGAGUACAGGAGUAAAAAGAUGCCUUCUCAAAAGUUAGCUAAGUCCACUUAUGAGAGAGAGCUCUAUGCCCUAUAUAGAGCGCUAGUUCAUUGGAGACAUUACCUCCUAGGAAAAUUCUUCUAUGUGAGGUCUGACCAGAGACUUUGCGCUGGAUUAAGACACAACCUGUGUUGUCGGACGGAUUCAAGUGAUAGACAUGUAUGACUAUCAACUUGAUCCUAUCAAGGGUCAGGAAAGAGACACAUCUUUGUCAUAGUGGACCGUUUUACCAAGUACGCCAGACUGAUCGCUAUGCCUGAAACUGCUAAAACUGACUUUGUCAUCAAACUCUUCAUGGAUAACUGGGUAAGGGAUUUUGGUUUGCCGACAUCUAUUGUUAGUGAUAGGGAUGUCAGAUUCACGAGCGAACUCUGGCAAUCUAUUGCUGAACAAAUGGGCACAAAACUC